UUACCAAGGUUUACCAGUCUUGCCACAUUUCGUCCAGUCGGUCUACCAGUUUAUGUUGUAGUUGAGUAAAACGGAUUUUACAGAUAAAGGCUGAUCAAAUUCUUUGAUCUCUCUCGUUGGAACUUUAGAACAAGAAUGAUGAAAUGCUUUGGACUUUUCUCGGCAAAUUCACCUCAAUGCGGCAGCAUUUGCAGGAAAGAACUUGACAGUCCCUGGUCAUGGCUAGUUUGUUUCUGUGCCACGUCCUUGAUUGUUCUGUCGUUUGGCGUCUCGCUCAACUUUGGAGUCCUGUUUCCCGUACUGAUGGACUAUUUUCAAGAAACACGGGAACGAACAGCCUGGGUUGGGUCAGUAGGAAUAGCAUUGACAUUUGCCCUUGGUCCUUUGACCAGUGCGUUGGUGAAUCGACUUGGUUCCCGUUUAACUGCAAUUACAGGUGGAUUAUCGUGUGUCAGUGGCCUCUUACUCUCAUCUCUUGCUUCAAGUAUCUACAUCAUGUAUCUAACUUACAGUGUUUUGUUUGGGUUUGGUAGCAGCUGCCUUUUUGUUUCAUCCUAUAUCAUAACAUCACAGUACUUUGAAAAGAACCGUUUUAUAGCAACUGGCAUUUUAGCGUCUGGAACGGGACUGGGUGUUUUUAUUGUUGCGCCGAUCCUACAAUCCUUGCUGGACUCCUUUGAUUGGAGAAAGACUUACCGCAUAACUGCUGGGAUCAUUGCAGUUGUUUGUGUUUUGUGCUUGACGUUUGAUCCCACUGUAACAAAUUCUAAGAAAGGGAAAAACCAAGCCCACAAUGGAGAAGAAAAAGAAUUAGAAAGUCAAGAUGAGCCGGAAGAAGGAACUACAGAAAAAGCAAACAAGUGGAUAGACUUCUCUGUGUUUAAGGAGAAGGUGUUUGUCGUUUUAACCCUUUCAUUUGCGUUGGCCUUGUUAGGACAUCAUGUUCCAAGGUUGCACUUGGUAAAAUUUGCAGAAGGCCUCCAGGUGUCAGCUGAUGCAGCUUCAAGGCUUUUCAUUUACAUCGGUAUCAGCACAUUUAUUGGCCGAUUGCUCAGCGGUUUCUUGUGUAACAUACUUUGUGUAAAUCCCUUCUAUUUGUUUAUGGUUGGUCUUAUUUUAGAUGGCUCUUCUGCAGUCUUUCUUUCUCAAGCUAAACACUAUGGACAGCUUAUUGCAUUUGCCUUUUCCUAUGGAUUAGCAGAUGGUCUUGUAAUAGGAACUUUUAAUAUUACCAUACUCUACUGUGUGGAGCCAAGUAAGAGGGCAUCAGGAUUUGGUUUAUCUGCUCUUUUCUAUGGAACAACAACUGCCACUGGCCCUCCUUUGGCAGGUUUUAUAACAGAUCGUCUCCAUACAUAUGUUCCAUCUUUUAUCAUGGCUGCUGCAACAGAAUAUACAGCAGCAGCAUUGCUUCUAAUCCUCAUCUGCAACAAAAAGAAGAUGCAGAAUUACAAACCGUCAGACUCUUCAGAAAGCACAAUGCACAAUGACCAUACAGGUGUAAUGCUGUGGUAGACCCAGGUGUAAAUCUCACUAAAAAGGAGCCUCAAAACUUUUAAUCAGCAGUUCAAAUGCCUUAGCUUGCCAAACGAAUUGAGGGCUCUGACAAGCAGUCAUAAUUUUUAAGACAAAUUUAUUCUUGUUUCCAUAAAAUUUACCGUGCCUGAAUUACAUUAAGACAAUAAAAUUGGCUGCUUGUUCAUUCAUACUCCAAGGUUAUAAGACUUGCAAGCAAAGCUUACAUGCCAUUUGAAACUGAGGUUAGCAAGGAGUAGUACAAUUAUUAAACGUAAUUUACUAACCAAAAAAAAGUGAGAAAAACACCAGAGAACCACAUAAUUGAUCUCACUACAUUGACAUUACUGAAAAUUUUAAUUUUCUAUGUCAUCAAAAAGAGGGUUAUUUUGAUUUCUUUAGAAGCUAUUUAUCACUGAGUAUAAUGUGAUACAGUGAAGUAAAUAUAUUUUUGCAUUCUCUUAUGGUUUUUUUCCUGAACGCACAAGAAAAAAUGUCUCAGGAAUUUUGCUCAAAACCUUAUUUGUUUGCUUUGCUUUUAUCAGAGCUUGGGGCCCUCAAUAGGACAGUCUACAAGCUACAACACCCCGAGGGGGGUUGCUGCCAGAAAAAUUAGGUGGGGGUGUGCGUCCCACUUCUGAAAAACCUUACUCUAUUUAAGACCAAAACCUGCAAUUUUCCCUACCCUCUUUAAUACCUGACCCUUAAAUCAAUACAUACCCUGUUUCAGACCCGCCUUGUAGUUCAAACUAAUGUUGUAGGCAUUGUGAGGGGCUCAGGGGUAGUGGAAUAAAGCCCUAAGUGACUUGGAAAAGGUUGGUUUGACCAACUUUGAAGUACCCCCCAACAAGUACAACAAUUUAUUCUUGUCUUCAUUAUUGGCCAAAAAGAACUAGUAGUAAUAAUAGUACUAAUAGUAAUAAUUACAAGUAAUUAUUAUUAGUUCUUUAAAGACAAUAACUAAAAUCAGAGUAAACUGUGAAAAUUGCUGCUUAAGGUAUUUCAAUCCUGGCUGCCUCAAAAUUUGCCUCAAAAGUCACUUAGGGCUUUAUUCCAUGCACCCCUUCAAUUGCCUUUAAUAUCCAUAAUGAUGAAAAAGUAGCUUCUCUAAAAAAUCAUACCCAAUUGAAGACUCAAGUGCAAAAACCGUACCCUAUUUGAGACCAACAUGUACGCACGGCCAAAAUCCGUACAAUUUCUGACCGAAACGGCUAGGAAACCAGAGCCUUUGGGGCUGCACAUAGCUAUAUAGCCCAUAUAAGGGAGUACCCCCCACCCAGCGAUACCACAACCUAUUCAGCAAUACCUGUUAUUGAUCAUGAAUUUCGUCAUAACAUUGUCGAAGUAGCUGUGGAUCUGCAGACU